CCGAUUUGACUACAUAUGUCUGUGCGCGCGCGCCGGGGAGACUGACCUAGACACGGUGGCCUCGUCUAUUUCGCUCGAGAAUAUAUAAGUUCUUGCCCAGAAAUCCGCUUCUAGAAAAUCGCCGUUCCCGAGUUUGGCCACACGAGGGCAGUCAAGCUCCAUCUAGCGCAAUACACAACGCCGCCUGAAACUGAAGCUUUCUCAAAGGACAGCGGCGAGGCAUAAAACAGAAGGCUAACGAGCUGCUUGCUAAACUUCGAUCUGAGCAGAGCGCGCUGCUACGUCCUUCAUCAGCUCAAGAAAGUGCCACACGGGCCAGCUAUCAGAUUUCCUGUAUUUUACAUCAAGAACAGCUAUGUGCCCAAUCCAUCGGGCUUGUGGAUGUGAUGCGUGACGUCGUCAAAAUUGUGAAUGAUAUACGCUCCAAGGCGCUCUCUCACCUGCAGUUCAAGGUCCUGUUGGAUGAGAUGGAUGUGCAAUAUGGUGAUGUGUUGUACCACCAGGAGGUUAGAUGGCUGAGCAGAGGAAAAGUUUUCAGGAGAUUUUUUGAUCUGCGUGAUGAGAUCAGAGCUUUUCAGGAAAGCAAGAUUGGUAGUAUUCAAGAGCCCAUGGAUAAGAAAUGGCUUUCUGACCUGGCUUUCCUGGUGGACGUCACAGAGCUGCUCAAUGUUUUAAAUGUUCAGCUCCAGGGAAAAGACCAGAUUAUCACCCAGCUUUUUUAUCACGUCAGAGCCUACAAACAAAAACUACUGCUGCUCAGAAGACAUCUCUCAGCAGGAAAUUUAGCCAAUUUUCCCUGUUUUAGAGAGGCAGGCAUGAUGAAAGAGAAGGUACCUGAGUAUGAUGCUGUUCUCAGCAACCUUAUCCAGGAGUUUGACAGUCGCUUUGAGGACUUCAGACACACUGCAUCUGACUUUGAGUGGUUUGUUCAACCUUUCACCAUCAGUGUGGACACAGUCAGUGAUGAUCUACAGAUGGAACCAAUUGAGCUUCAGUGUGAUUCAGAACUCAAACACAAGUUCAGGUCCCUUCCCUUGACACACUUCUACAAAUGUGUCCCAGCAAACAGGUUCCCAAAGAUGUGCAAACAGGCACAAGUGAUGCUGUCUCUGUUUGGCAGUACCUACCACUGUGAACAGACUUUCAGUCUGAUGAACUUAAACAAGUGUAAACUGAGAUGUAAAGUAACUGACUCUCACCUCCAUAAUAUCUUGACUUUGACAGUAAGUCCACUGCAUCCCAAUUUGGAAAAACUUUUGAAAAAUAAGGACCAGCUUCAUGUGUCUCAUUAGAGGUCACUGAUAUUGCAGACACAUGGCUGUAUUGCUUAUAGCUUGAAUAGUUGUAUGAGGCAUUGAACAUGUAUUAUAAAUGGGAUUGGUUCUAUGUUUUAAUUAUACUAUAAGUUUCAUUGAACUAUAGAACUCUGAAAAUAAAACUGCAUUAGUGAAGCAGAUACAGACUAACGUUUUCUAUUAAUUGAUUUAUUUGUAAAUAUUAUGAAAUGAUAAAUGAGAACCAUGGCAACUUUAAUUUUAAUAUAAUACAGUUUGGUAUAAUGCAACUACUUUUGCCCCACAGCCCUCAAUCAAGUUUGAUUUUUGGCCCUUCACAAGAAAAAGUUUUGGCACCCGUGAUU